CUGAAAACAGUAUUGGGGUUUUUACCAAAACAACGGCAGACUCUGUUGUUUAGUGCUACGAUCACUUCAGCGCUGAGUCAGCUUCAUCAGGUAUCGGUAAAGAGGCCAUACUUUUUCGAGGACAAAAGCGAUGUGGCGACGGUGGAUAAAUUGGAACAAAAAUACGUGCUUUGCCCAACCGCUGUAAAAGAUGCAUAUUUAGUAUAUGUUGUGAAGAUUUUUCACGAAAAACACCCAGACAGUUCGGUUUUAAUCUUUUCGCAUACCUGCCGUGAAUGUCAGGCUCUCGCGAUCAUGUUCAGUGGAUUGGGUUUUCAAGUUGGCUCUUUACAUUCCCAAAUUAGUCAGCAGGAACGGUCGUCUGCAUUAACGAAAUUUCGGUCCGGUCGUACAAGAAUUCUGAUAUGCACUGAUGUCGCAUCACGUGGACUUGAUAUACCUCAUGUUGAUUUGGUUGUAAAUCAUAAUGUACCGCAGAAUCCAAAAACUUAUAUUCAUCGUGUGGGCCGUUCUGCACGAGCUGGGAGAUUUGGCUGUGCACUGACGUUCGUCACACAGUACGACAUAUUUCUACUCCAAGAAAUAGAGAAGGUGGUCGGGAAGAAGUUGGGGAAGCUGCCGGUCAGCGAUAAAAAGGUGUCGCAGUAUGUGACACAAGUGCUGGUAACAAAGCGCGAGGCUGAGAUAAAAUUGGAUCGACAGAAUUUCGGGGAACGGAAAGCUAUAAAUAAACGAAAGGAAAUGUUAAUGGCUGGAAUUGAUCCGGACGAAGUGGAAAAGGCCAUGAAAGCACAGCAGGAGAAAAGGAAACAGCUUGGAAAGAAAAAACGCAAACUUUUGGAAAGACGGAUUGAUAAGCAGAACUUGGCCGAAGAAACU